AUGGCCGCGUUGGACUACAUCCAGCAGGCCAGCUCAGGCCUCCCCGCCGCCGUGUCCGCCGCCGACAAGGUGUACAAAGACGACUGCAUGUACUCGUUCGACGACGCCGAGAACAACGCCCGCGGCUUGGACGUGUGCAUGUCGUGUUUCCAGGCGUUUGCCCGCGCCGGCCACAAAGACUACACGGCCGAGCACUACGAGCGCAAGCGGCACGCGCUUUUCGUCAACAUCACGCGGCUGCGCAAGCCGCCCCGUGCCGCCGGCCCCGCCGCAGAGGCCGGUGCCGCCGCCGAAACCGCCGCCCGCCACAAGGCGCCGCGGCUCGAGAUCGUCGAGCACAACGAGCGCGACCUCUACGACGAGACGUCCAGCGUGUACGUGGCGCCGCUCGAUGUGUCCGUGGCCACGUCCGCAUGCCCGGCGGGCGUGGCCGCGUUGGCGCGCGACAUUCUUGCCGCCGACGCCGCCAGUGUCGCGGCCGACAUCCAGGCCUGGCAGCUGCAGGUGUUCCCGUGCCAGCACUCCUUGGCCACCACGCCCGCCUCGGGGCCCGCCUCGCCGGGCUCGCUCGCGCACUGCGCACGGUGCCCGCUCCGCGAAAACCUCUGGGUCUGCUUGGAUUGCGGCGCCGUGGGCUGCGGCCGCGAGCAGUUUGGCUCCGCGCUCAAAGGCAACUCGCACGCGCUCAGCCACUACGAGCUGACGGGGCACGCGGUGGCGGUCAAGUUGGGCUCGCUCUCGGCCGACGACGAGGACAGCUGCGACUGCUACUGCUACCUGUGCAACGACGAGGUCAAGGUGCCGCAGUUGGCGAGCAAGUUGCGGCCCUUCGGCGUGGACUUGUCCAGCGCCGUCAAGUCCGAGAAGAGCUUGGUGGAGUUGAACGUGCACACCAACCAGUCGUGGCAGUUCAGCGUGGACGGCGCGGCGGGCGCCGCCAUGGCCCCGGUGUUUGGCCCGGGGCGCACGGGGCUCCGCAACUUGGGCAACUCGUGCUACUUGAACUCCGUGCUCCAGGCCUUGUUCUGCUUGCCGUCGUACCGCGCGUUCUUCGCGCCCAUGCGCUUCGACCCCGCCGUCCCAAACGCGGCCUUGCACUUGCCGUCGCAGAUGCUCAAGAUGUAUGACGGCUUGGUGUCCGGCCGCUACUCCAAGCCCAGCGCCGCGGCCGACGACAUGUACCAGGCGGGCAUCCGGCCCUCGGCCUUCAAGGCGCUCAUUGGCGCGGACCACCCCGAGUUCCAGACCAACAAGCAGCAGGACGCCAACGAGUUCUUGCUCUACUUGUUUGACAGGCUCGACAGGCACUUUGGCCUUUCCUUGAACAGGGACUUCAAGUUCCUCGCGGGCUCCAAGGUCGUGUGCUCCGCCUGCCGCACGGGCUCCAGAUCGAGCAACCUCGUCGACAACAUCUCCGUCCCAAUCCCAUGCAAGGUGCUGGGGUCUGAUGCCCACGGCAAGCACAUCUACGAAGAGGUCUCCCUCGCCGACUCCUUCCGCGCGUACGCUGCCCAGGAGCACGUCGAGAACUACACGUGUGAGAACUGCGGCGCCACGGAUCUGACCACCAAGCAAGAGGGCUUCGUCUCUUUUCCAAAGAACUUGGUGGUGUCCGUGCAAAGAAUCACGCUCGUCAACUGGGUGCCUGUCAAGCAGGAAAUCCCCAUCUCCGUCCCGGACCAAAUCGACGUCACGGAACACAAGACGCCCGGCUUCGUCGAGGGGGAGACUGAGAGUCAGCCGAAGGCACAGAGCCCGGCCGCAAACGAUUUCUCCCCGAACCAAGAGGUGCUCACCACUCUUCUCUGCAUGGGGUUCAGUGAACCCAGGUGCUUGAGGGCGCUCUACAAUACCAGCAAUAACGACGCCGAGGAGGCCAUGAACUGGGUGUUUGCCCACAUGGACGACCCUGACAUCGACGAUCCGUUUGACCCGGAUUUUCCCCCGCCGACCAAUCGCGCCGUCGAUGAAGCCGCGCCCGAAGCCAUUGACAACUUGGUGUCCAUGGGGUUUGGUGCUCUUCUCGCGAAGAAGGCGCUCGUUUUGAACCAGAACAACGUCAACGCGUCCAUCGAGUGGCUAUUCAACAACCCGGACGACGACGGCGUCAUCGAGGACGAUGCCAAGCCCGUCAUCAACUUGCAGGACGAAGUUGACAAAUUGACGUCCGAGUUGGAGAAAGAACCUAGCACGGACAAACAGGGGAAAUACAACCUCAAGGCCGUCAUCUGCCACAAAGGCACGUCUCCCCACACUGGCCACUACGUUGCCUUCAUCAAGCAGGACGGGGACUGGAUUCUCUACAAUGACGAAAAAGUCGUGCGGUGCGGCGAAAACAUCGACGAGAUCAAGAAGAAUGCCUACAUAUACUUCUUUGAACGGCAAUGA